AUGUAAUAACCCCAAUAACAAAUCCCUAAUACCGUUCCUUUAGAUAUAUUAUUGGCUUAAUUAAAAAAUCCAUUGAUUAUUAGAGAAGAUCAUUAAUCAUGUAUUUGCAAUUUAUAAUAAAAGUAUUAAAGUAAAAACAUCAUCAGAUGCCUGAAAUUAUAAAUAAUAAUUAUGAAUUGUUAGCUGAUAAAUAUUUACUUUUGAGUAAUGCUUUACCAGGAUGUUCCCCUGAAUUAAUUGUAGAAGAAUUUGAAAAAGUUGUAUAAGUUGUAGAGAAAUGUUGCAAUUAAUUUAUUGAGAAAAUGAAAAAAGUUAUUACAGAUCUAUAAGCAUUUGCAAAUUAUGAUACCUAAGUUUUGAAAGGAUAUUUAACAUAAGCAACUGAUGUUUUUUAAAGAUGCUUUUAUUUAGCUGAAAAAGACUUAACAAGUUUUGAUGUUGAUUUUUUGAUGGAAAAUUUUACUAAUCCUGAGAAUGGCAUUCAAAAUCAUUUACUAACAUUAAUAUUUGAAAGAAAUUAAAAUCUAUAAAAUGUGAUGUAAAAAGUCUAUACAGAAUAACUAGAUUUUGCAGCAUAAUUCCGUGCAUAAUUUGAAUAAUUAUGUAAUACUAAUCAUUUUGAACCAUUAAACAAAUUAUUAAAUAAUUAGAAACAAUUUUGGUCUAACAGAGUGAAAAAACAAAUAUAAACAUAAAAAAAAUUAAUGGAAGAACAAUAAGCAUAAUAAGUUUUAGUCUAAUCAAUUAUAUAAUUUGCACCUUAGAUAUAAUAAUUUUAAUAAUAAUAAUAAUAAUAAUAAUAUUAAUAAUAAUCUUAAAUAAAUUAAUCAUAAAAUUAAUAAUAACAACCUCCAUAAGAUUCUUCAUGGUUAACUAAAUCACAAAUGAUUUCUAUUGAAGCUGGAAAUUAAUAAUUAAUUGAAACUAUGCUUAAAUUAAGAGCUCAUACACAUGAAUUAAUGUAAUAACAUGAUAAAGACUCAAAAAAAGAUCCCAAAAGACAUUGCAAAUUAGAAGGUGGAGGUUCUUUUGGGUAAUUAAUAUAUAAUUUCAUUAUAGUUAUUGCUGGACAGGAGGAUAUGGAUGGAAAGGAACUAUUUAUGAAGGCUUAGAAUUAUCUAAUUAAUGUCCAUAAUGCUAAGUUCUAAAUUAGGAUAUGCAUAACACAGCUAAAAGAUUGUAUGAUUUAGAAUACAGAGACAAAGGAACUUGGUGGGUUAGAGCUUGGUUUUUAUACAAGAGAUGAUU